AUGAUCUCCUCGCACAUGAACGGCUACCCCAUGGACGACCUGAACGCCGUGUCCAAGGGAACGGUGCCGUACGACCGGUCCGGGGCGGCGACCAGCAUGGGGGGCGUGUCCAACUGGGCUUACACGCGCGUGCAGACCUACCAGGAGAUGCUGAGGAAGAGGAGGGAGGAGGAGAGUGGGGGUGGGCUCGGGGGUGCGGGGCGCCCGCCGCAGGCCCGCCUGAACCCGGGUCAGAGCCGCUUCCGGGUCCACAGCCACAGUGGUGGGGACGGCUCACUUGUGUCGUCGCUGCCGUGUCUCCAGAGACUGGCCCAGGACCCCUGUCCCCCCAAGGCCGGCGUCGACAACCCCACCUUCCAGCACCUGGAGCGGGCACGGUUAAGCUCGGCGCCCCCCGACUAUGACCCAGAGCACCGCACUGUUGGAGCAGUGGAUUCCUCCCAGGACGGCACUCUUCCCUCAGAGCUGGAGGACCAGAGUUGCUCCUCCCCCUGCAGCUGGUGCCCAGAGCCAGGAGGACCAGGAGCUGAGCUAGAGGACCUGCUACUCUCUCUGCAGCUGGUAGGGGGCAGUGUGGGUUCGGACCUCCAGAGCCAAGCGGACCUGAGCCUGGUGCUGGAGUUGCUAAGCAACGCGGACUUCCAGAGGGCCUUCCAGCUGCACUGUUCCAUCGCCAUGGGGAUGAGACGCAUCAGCCCCCCCUUCCCCCUCACCGCCCAGGCGGCACGCCUCGCUCACGAGGUGGAGGACAUCCUCCUCUUCAUGGGCCACAAGGACAGUGUGGAGCUGAAAGCCCUGCUCUCCUCGCCAUGCCUACAGGCCCUGAUGGAGGCCCAUGACGGAGUAGCGGAGCAGGAGCUGGAUCCCGUCCCCAGUGAGGAGGCCCUCUGUCGCUACGGAGAGUCCGUCAAGGUGGUGCGGCUACACAAGUCCCUGGAUGUGCCCCUGGGCGUGACGGUGCGUAACGAGGGUGACUGCGUGGUGGUGUCGCGGGUGGUGUCGGGGGGCGUGGCCGAGAGGAGUGGCCUAUUGAGCGAAGACGAUGAGAUUCUGGAGAUCAACGGAGUUCCGGUCAGAGGAAAGAGCAUCGCAGCAGUACAGGACCUGAUGAUCAAUCUGAAGGGAACUCUUACCUUUCUCCUCAUCCCCACCUCACAGAGUAAAUGUGCGAGUAGGAAAACUGUGAUGCAUGUGAAGGCCUAUUUUGACUAUGACCCCUCUGAGGAUCCGUACCUGCCGUGUCGAGAGCUGGGGCUGUCCUUCCGGCGCGGAGAUAUCCUGCACAUCAUCAGCCAGGACGACCCCAACUGGUGGCAGGCCUACAGGGAUGGAGACGAGGACCGCACACACCUGGCAGGACUCAUACCUGGUAAGUCCUUCCAGCAGCAGCGGGAGGCUCUGAAGAGAGUCAUCACAGACAAGAACCCUGAAGCGGCAGGUAAGGCCUGGUGUAAUAACGGUAAAGGAGGAAAGAAGACCAAGAAGAGAAGCAUGCGGAGACCAGACAGCAAACACACAGACCCGCCCCCAGAGGAGAUCCUGACCUAUGAGGAGAUGGCCCUCUACCACCAGCCAGCCAAUCGCAAGAGGCCGAUCGCCCUGAUAGGCCCGCCCAACAAGAGGCAGGACGAGCUGAAGAGAAGGCUAUUGGCUGCAGAGCCGGACAGAUUCACCAACGCCGUGCCCCACACCACACGCCCCGCCCGCUCGCAUGAGAGGAAUGGGCGUGAGUACCACUUCGUGUCGCGGGGGACCUUCGAGUCGUACCUGACGACCGGCAAGUUCCUGGAGUCUGGAGAGUUCGAGCGGAACCUCUACGGAACCAGCACCGACUCGGUCCGACAGGCCGUCAACUCAGGACGCGUCUGUGUACUCUGCCUACAGACCAGGUCUCUGCGAGUGCUUCGUUCCUCCAACCUGAAGCCCUACAUCAUCUUCAUAGCUCCGCCCUCCAUGGACAGACUGCGCACCCUGCUGUCCAGUGAUGGAACUACACCCAAGGUGGAGGAGUUAAAGGAGGAGGUGGACAAGGCGAGUGAGAUGGAACGCUGCUUCCGCCACCUGUUUGACGCGGUGGUGAUUAACGACGAUCAGGACCGCGCCUACGAGGAGCUGCGGGAGAUGAUAGACCGCCUGGAACUGGAGCCUCAGUGGGUGCCCUCCUCCUGGCUCUGCUGA